CGUUCAAAAAGUCAAUAUUUAGUGCACAAGUUCAAGUUUUGUUUUUAUAUUAUUUUAUGAAGCACUAAAACCAAAGCAAUAAAUUUAUAAAAACUAGCAAGUGGCAUAUCACACCUUUUAGCUUUAAUAGUUCCAAUAAGCCUAUUGUAACUUAACGAAACUUUUCAUCUAAAAGCAAUUGGUAUAAAAACUUGUUGCUUGUUCUUAAAUUACCGUUUACACCAAUUUGGUUAAAUGCCUAAGAAAAAGGGUCAAAAUAAAAAAGGGAUCAAUCAAGCAUUUUCGGAUUUCACAAUAGAUGAUUGUGCCAAUGCUCCAAAACCCUUUAGACGAGUAAAAAAAACCAUACCAGCAGAUGCAGUCGUAUCAGAACUGCCCUGGGACGAGAUUGUCGACAACGAUCUGGACGUAAUAGAAGAAACAGACCCUGAUGGUGCUAAAAGUUUAGUCUUUAAAAAGAAACGAAACCAUUCCAGAUCCGAGACUGAAGAUGUUACAAACCCUCCCAGCAAUACAUACCCUGAGAUCAUAUGGUAUUUGAUAUCCCGGUACAUAAAACCUGAAGAUGUAGGUAGUUUUGCCAGAAUAAAUAAAGCUACAUACGCAAUAACCAAACGAGAGUCAUUCUGGCGUAGUUUUUAUAUACGUUACUGUAGGUAUCACCUUAAUUUGCCUGAAAGGCUGUGUUUAGAAAACAAUAAUAAGUUAUAUGGUCUCCGUCAAAGAGUGAUAAGAGCACUUUACUAUACAUAUAAUGUAUUCAUCAUGCGAGUGUUACAGCAAGCUGUACAUGACAGUCAACCACACUUGCUGGUUAAAAGAUGCUGUACCAAUGUGUGGUAUUGCAAAGGUUCUACACAUUGGUCAGUUUUUUUUAAGUUCAAAAAAAUGCAACCGAAGCAGAGGGUAGAAAUGAAGAAAUCGGUAGACUUUAUUGAAGAAUUAAGCAGAAUUGAUGCUAAUCCUGAUGAAGAUACACAAGUAUUACAGGUUGUUUGUCAAAGCUUUUACCAAAUACCUCCACUUAUGGGUAUGACAUUGUCUCUUGUCAAAGUAGUGUUAUCACAAGGUUUUCGGCAUCGCAGACUCCACCUUGGUUUUAACUCCGGUUACCACAAUGUCUCUAGAGACAUUUUGCCAGAAGUUUCCGUGGUGUUGGACACAGUUAUUAACAUAUAUGUAUUUGAUUGGUGGCAUCCAAAGUAUCCAUUUUUUGACAAUCAAGUGCCACAAAAUCUUAUGGACGAUAACUCUGUGCUAGUGCUCAAGAAAGAUUUCUUUUCGUUAUAGUUUAAAGAAGUGUUAAGUGGUAAAUAAUGUGAUAAUAAAUUCUUACCUGGAA